AUGCACGUCCUUCUUCUUCUGAGGCUGCUUUCGGCUGUGGUGCUGUCUGCUAGCCUGUCCAAUGCCACGGACAAACCCUUUACCGCUGCUGAUCCUGCGGCCCCAUUUUGUCCAGAGUACCAAGAGGCCUUCGAUGAUUCCUGCUACGAGUUUGUGAGGCUGCCGCGCACCUUUCUGGGUGCGCAGGGCUGGUGUGAGAGGGGCGGGGGGCACCUGCCGUUUGUCCUCAACGACGAGACUCAGCAGUUUCUGCAGAAGCACCUGGAUCCGAGGCGGGACUGGUGGCUGGGUCUGGCACCCGGCUCACAGAACCUCACCUUGGACCCCACGGCUCCUGAAGGCCCCCUCUCCUGGCUCGAUGGCUCAGAUGUGAGUUAUGCUAACUGGGUGAGGGACCCUCCGGAGGGUGCUGGGUGUGGCCACAUCCUGAGGGACUCCGGCUUCCAAUGGGAGGCAUCUGACAACUGCAGCCAAGAACUCUACUUCAUCUGCGAGUUUGAGUCUGGUCACGCCCUGGCCUGUGCGGACUACAACGCGACACUGCAGUGCGGGUCUGGGCAGGUUAUUCGGAUUGACGACGGCUUCUACGGCAGGAAGACCCGGCAUUACUGCCAAGCGAACAGGAGGACCGCGCCCUCGCCCGCUCAGGAAGAGUGCAGCUGGGUGGAUGUUGUGGACCGGGUAACAGGACACUGCCAUGGGCUCCAAGCUUGUCAGGUGGCCCUGGAUGUGUCUUCGCUUGGAGAGCCCUGCCCAGGACUGGGAAGCUACCUGUCUGUGGAGUACCACUGCAAAGACGGUCUCCAUCUGCUGAUGAGCAAGCUGGCUGCCGUUUUUGACAAUGUCACAAUCACGGUAAAGUGGCUGCUCCACCCUUUCCAGGGUAAUCUCACCUGCACCCUCAGCGCAGGGGACGGGCACACUGUCGACCCCUACAGUCCAGAGAAGUCAGAAAGCAGCAUUGUUCACAAGUAUAACCGGCCUGGUAUUUUCACUGUCGGGGUGGAGUGCACCACCAGUGAGUGGCAUGUGACCGCCCAGAAAACCAUAACCAUUCAAGAGCCAAUUGGCGAGUUUGGUGUCAUCAGGUGCUACAAUUUGAACCAAUCAGGGGACAGCACAAACUGCAAGGCCCUUUAUGGCAGCACGUUGAACAUCCAAGUGGAGGUGGAAGCAGGGACCAACAUCACCUACAAAGUGCAGAGCGGAAAGAUGAUCCUGGCCCAGGUGGCAGCCGAGCGGGGGAUACAGCCUGAGAACAUCACAGUGGACCAGGCCGCCCAGCUGCAGCUGGGACCCGGCUGCCACCAGCUCACCCUCCUGGCCUCCAACCAGGUCAGCGCUGUGGACAUCUCCACGGGGAUUCUCGCCUGCUUCCUGGAGCCCGUGGAGGGACUGGAGGCCUGGGUGGUGUCGUCGGGGGAGGAGCUGUGUGCAGGGUCCGCGCUCCGGGUCAGCGUGUCGCUGGCCCACGGGUCCCCCGUGCAGGUGCUCUUCCGCGUAUCCGACGGCAACGGCAGCGUCUACGAGACGAGGGAGACGAUGAACAGCAGCCUCCAAGAGUUUGGAAUCGCAGUCGAUGCCCAAGGUACUGAUGAACAUGCCAGAUACCCUCGGGCCAAAUCAAAUGACAAAACGAAAAUCAAAAUGACGCCAGACAAUCCCACCAUUGGUGACUCUGUCACACUCGAGGUGAAAGACCUGCAAGGAAGCAGUGGGGAUUACACCUUCGAGUGGGACUGCAGUAACUGUUCUGCCUGCAACCCAGUAAACGUCAAUCAAGACCUUCACCUACAACUGGCCUGUCCAGGCUGCCAGACUAUAAAAUGGUACAUAGAGGAGAGCUCAAAAAAAAAAGAUGAUAAGUUGAAGGCGUGUUACAACAAGCAAAUGCCUGCGGAUCUAAAACUGAAAGCAACAGCUGUCAGCAGCCUGCAAGUGCCCAAGAAAGAGCUGAAAGCUGCCAAAGCCAAUAUCAAAUAUGUGGCCCUAGGCAUAGCCAACGGGAAGUCCGGAUCUGCCAGCUACAUCAUUGACCUGAAUCGUGGCUCCAAUCCCGGCUCCAAUCCAGGCUCCAAUCCCGGCUCCAAUCCCGGCUCCAAUCCCGGAUCCAAUCCCGGAUCCAAUCCCGGAUCCAAUCCCGGCUCCAAUCCUGGCUCCAAUCCCGGCUCCAAUCCCGGAUCCAAUCCCGGCUCCAAUCCAGGCUCCAAUCCAGGCUCCAAUCCCGGCUCCAAUCCCGGAUCCAAUCCCGGAUCCAAUCCCGGUUCCAAUCCCGGAUCCAAUCCCGGAUCCAAUCCCGGCUCCAAUCCCGGAUCCAAUCCCGGAUCUAAUCCAGGCUCCAAUCCCGGCUCCAAUCCCGGCUCCAAUCCCGGAUCCAAUCCCGGAUCCAAUCCCGGCUCCAAUCCAGGCUCCAAUCCCGGCUCCAAUCCCGGAUCCAAUCCCGGCUCCAAUCCUCUUGGCCCCCUCAUCUGUAACAUCUCCCCUUUGAAGGGGUCCAUUCUGACGCCCUUCACUGUGCACUGCUCCAUACCCAUGCCAUUCUGCUCAACCAACCCCUGCACGUACUGCCUCAGCAGUGGGAACGGUAAAAAUCUACACUGUGGAAAUGAUCCAGCCAUGAAGUCACUCUUCCUCCCUCUCGGUGACAAGAACAAUGACUAUUGGCUGACUCUGUCUGUCAUCAUGGAAACCCAGUCAGGCCUGAGCAGCAGCUCCAACCUGUCUGCCCAGGUGACGGACACCAAGUCAAACUCCACCGUGCUGGACCUCCAGGCCCAGGUUUCACAGCAGGUGUCAAUGCUGCAGCAGCAGGGGGAGCUCACUGGCUCAGCCCUGGCACAGAUGUACCAGUCUGUGUCCGCCAAGCUCAACGAGGGGUCUGGGGGGGAGCAGGAGAAGAGCAACAGGAUGGAGAUGCGGGAGGAGAUGUUGGCCAACAUGUCCGCAGUGCUGCAGAGUGACCCCAGUAGUGAUGGUGUGGAAGUGGUGGCUACUGCUGCGGCCUUGGAAGGACUCACUUAUCAGGCUGAUGAGCUGACAGCAUCCGCUCAGGUCCAGGCCAGCACACUGCUGUCCAACCUCAGCCAUGUCCUGAUAUCCAUUAACAGUAACAACAAGGAGGAGGCAGAGCAUGUGAAACAGGCAGCGGGGCCCAUCGUCAUGUCAGCCAGCCAUAUCUUCACAUCGACCUCCAAUUCAAGCAAUAAGCGGGAGAUCUCCAGUUUGCUGCUGAACACCAUGGACAAUGUGCAGUCCGCCCUUCUGGCUGGAAAGGGCGCCGAUCAAGAGCCCAUCGUCUACACCUCCCCAAAGAUCACUGUUUACGUCAACAGGAUGGAGCCAGGCCAGCUCCAGAUGCAGCCCUUCAGUGUGCAGAACAGAAGCAGUGUCAGCUUCGCCUUCCCACCCCUGGAGGAAGAGCUGUUCUCUGGCGAACCUGUGGAUGUGCGGAUGAUGAGCUUGGGGACAAACCCCUUCUCCUGGAAUGAGGAGGAUCCCAUCAGUGGGACGGUGGGAUCACUUUCCCUCACCAGAAAUGAUGGCUCUGUCAUUCCUGUGCAGAAUCUGGACAAGGAAAUCGAGAUCCUCUUGCCACGGCCCGAGGCGCCACAGGUAAACAGCACAGUCCUGGACCUGGGCAACUUCAGCACGGUGGCCAUCAAUGUGACUGCACCCAAUGUCUCCCUGGUGCUCCGGCUGGACCCCUCUGAGAACAUCACCCUGCACCUGCUCUUAGGCUUCCAGGACUACCCAAACGACACGCACUAUGAGGCCCAGUCACAGCUGCCCCACCCAGAUGCCCCGCCAGAGGAGCAGUACAUAUGGGUACUGGGUCCACAGUACCUGUCAGCGGGACUUGGAGAGUACUUUCUCCUGGUGAGACCCGUCGUGCAUGGAGGGGUGAACUCCACCAACGCCAGCGUGUCUGUCACCUCCUUCGCUGCUCAGUGCAUGUACUGGGACGAGACCGAAGCACGCUGGAACGACCACGGAUGCAGGGUCGGCCCCCUCACCACGGCAGCGGUCACUCAGUGCCUGUGCAACCACCUGACCUUUUUCGGGAGCUCCUUCUUCGUCAUGCCCAACAAGGUGGACGUGUCGCGCACGGCCGAGCUCUUCGCCACCUUCUCCGACAACCCGGUGGUGGUCUGCUUCGUGGGCUCCAUCGUCCUGGCCUACCUGCUGGUGGUGGUGUGGGCCCGCAGGAAGGACAUCCAAGACACUGCCAAGGUGAAGGUCACCGUGCUUCAGGAUAACGACCCCCUGGCUCAGUACCGCUACAUGCUGAGCAUCAGCACAGGGCAUCGGCGCGGGGCAUCUACCUCCGCACAGGUCACUGUCACUCUGAUGGGCUCGGAGGGGGAGAGUGAGCCACACCACCUCACUGACCCGGACAAGCCGGUCUUUGGGAGGGGAGACAUGGACAUGUUCCUGGUGACCACGCCCUUCUCGCUGGGGGAGCUGCGUAGCAUCAGGCUGUGGCAUGACAACUCAGGGAGCCACCCAGCCUGGUAUGUAGACAAAGUGAUGGUGCAAGACCUUGAGACAGGAGAGAGGUGGUACUUCCUGUGCAGCUCCUGGCUGGCUGUAGAUAUGGAUGAUUUCAUCCUGGACAAAGUCUUCCCUGUAGCCUCAGAUAUGGAGCUGAAGAGGUUCAGUAAUCUGUUCUUCAUGAAGACAGCUAAGGACCUCCGUGACGGCCACAUCUGGUUCUCUGUGAUCAGCCGUCCCCCCAACAGCAAUUUCACCCGCGUGCAGCGAGUCUCGUGCUGCUUCUCCUUGCUGCUCUGCACCAUGCUGACCAGCAUCAUGUUCUACGGUGUCCCCACCGAUCCAGCAGAACAGAAGAUGGACCUGGGUCAGAUUGAGUUCACCUGGCAGCAGGUGAUGAUUGGCAUCCAGAGCUCCAUAAUAAUGUUUCCUAUAAACCUUCUCAUUGUGAGCAUCUUCCGGAACACCAGACCCCGAGAGAGGAAGCCGAAGAAGCCCAAAUCGGAGUCGGGCAAGCAGGGAAAGACUGGUCGUGUGUCCCCAUCUGAGCCUCCUUCUCCACAGAGCGGCCAUAGGGACAUCACCCCUGAUGCCAUCAUCAAGGACAUCAAGAGGAUAGCACAGUCACUCUCCAAGACCAUGAAGAGUCCCAUCCCAAAGCUGGAGGCGGAAUUUGGCCGGACGGCCGAUAUCAACGCCCUGCUGUCGCUGGUGGAGGAAAUCAUCAGGCAGCAUAACCGGGCCGGCGAAGAGUUCUACAGCGACAGCAGCAAGAAAGAAGGAUCUCUGGUGCUCACCCUGGGAGCAGUCAACCUGCAAGAAAGCAGCCCUGGCGAGAGGCCCGACUCAGCGGGGGGAAACGGCCAGCGGCGGAGCGACUACAACCACUACCUGUACCGGCAGCUACUGCAUGUGGAGAAGGAGCUGGAGCUGCUGGGCCCCGCCCGCUUCCCGGACCCCGACAGCCACGCCCGGGCGGUGCAGCAGGUCCAGCACAUGAAGGGCCUGCUGAAUUCCCACCUCUCGUCCUCCGGCUCCACCUCCGGGGACCCGCCCGAAGAUGCCGGUACCGGUGGCGGAAAGUGCUGCAAAGGCGGCCUGCCCUGGUGGUUCGUGUUCGUGGGCUGGCUGCUGGUGGCGGCGACCAGUGGAGUUUCGGCCUACUUCACCAUGAUCUACGGGCUGACCUACGGGCUGGAGCGCUCGGUCAGCUGGCUCGUCUCCAUGGUUGUGUCCUUCUUUGAGAGCAUCUUCAUCACCCAGCCGCUCAAGGUCCUGGGAUUUGCUGCUUUCUUUGCGCUGGUUCUGAAAAAAGUUGAUCAGGAUGACUAUGGGGAUGUUCCCAUUGAAGAAAACUCAGGUAACCCUGAUGACCCAGACGCAGUGCUGGGUGCCCGGCGGGACAGUACCUGUAGCUUCUACCAGCCCCCUCCCCCCACUGACAUCGAGAAGAUGAGGAGCAACAUGAUCAAGGAGCAGAAAGUGUUUGCACUCAUCAGAGAGAUCCUGACAUACAUGGGGUUCCUGUGGAUGCUGCUCCUUGUGGCUUACGGUCAGCGGGACCCCAACGCCUACUUCCUGACCCGACACAUUCAGCAGAGCUUCAGUAGUGGGAUCUCCGACACCCUGAGCUAUAAAGACGUCUUCACUUGGGCCAACACCACCCUGCUCAGUAGCCUCUAUGGAGAGUACCCAGGAUUUAUCACAGACGGGAACAACAAGCUGGUGGGCAGCGCACGCAUUCGGCAAGUGCGGGUGCAGAGGGGGUCCUGCACUAUCGCCCGCUCCAUGCGUCACUCCAUCCCCGACUGCCACGCCCCGUACUCCUGGGAGGUGGAGGACAUGGACUUGUACGAACCGGGCUGGAACCACUCUGGCGACAGCAACGCCUCGCACUCCGUCAGCCCCUGGCAGUACCAGAGCCAGGGCCAACUCCGAGCCCCGCCCAAAUGGGGCAAUGUGGUUCUGUACAGAGGCGGGGGCUUCGUCGCUGACCUUGGGGCGGACAUCGAGGGCGCCAGGAGGGUCCUUCAGUACCUGUUUGACAACACUUGGAUGGAUGUGUACACGCGGGCAGUCUUCGUGGAGUUCACAGUCUACAAUGCCAACAUCAAUCUCUUCUGCAUCGUCACCCUAAUGAUGGAGACCACGGCUGUGGGGGCCUUCCAGUACAAUUCUCAGCUCCAGACCGUGCGUCUCUACCAGUCAACUGGAGGCCUACACAUUUUCGUCAUGGCCUCGGAGGCCAUAUACUUCCUCUUCAUCCUCUACUAUAUGUUUGUUCAGGGGAAGCUAAUGAAGCAGCAAAAGUGGGCAUACUUCCGGGUCAAAUGGAACCUUCUGGAGUUGGCCAUUAUAAUCCUGAGCUGGAGUGCGCUGUCAGUCUUCAUCAAGAGGACGCUGCUAGGAAACCGCGAUAUGGAGUACUACCAGGACCACCAGCAACAGUUUGCCAGCUUCUAUGAGACAGCAGCUGCAGAUGCUGUUCUGGGCUACCUUAUUGCCUUCCUGGUGCUCCUGGCCACAGUCAAACUGUGGCACCUGCUGAGGCUCAACCCCAAACUGCACAUGAUCACCGCCACGCUGCAGAGGGCCUGGACCGACAUCUCCGGCUUCAUCAUCGUCAUGACCAUCAUGUUCCUGGCUUACUCCAUUGCUUCAAAUCUGAUGUUUGGCUGGAAGCUGUAUUCGUACAGGACCCUCAUGGAAGCAGCUCAGACAAUGGUCAGCUUGCAGUUAGGUAUCUUCAACUACGAGGAAGUUCUGGACUAUAACCCUGUCCUGGGUGCAUUCCUCAUUGGCACCUGCAUUGUCUUCAUGACCUUUGUGGUGGUCAACCUCUUCAUCUCUGUCAUCCUGGUGGCGUUCAGUGAAGAACAACGGUACCACAAGCCCUCUGAAGAGGAGGAGAUUGUGGACCUAAUGCUCAUGAAAAUCUGCAGCCUCCUCGGAAUCAAGUGUAAAAAGGAAGAGAAGGACGAAGGGAAGGAAAGUAAGGAAAACGACUGCAUGGCCUCCGCAGGCAAAAGAGCCCCUGUGGAUUAGCAUUCUAGAUGCAUCUUCGCACAUAAGUGUUGUACAAUCUGUCUUGAGAGUGUUUUCAUGAGCUGUGAAAUUUGUGGCUCUCAGGUUCUCAAGUGUUUCCCUUUUAGG